GCCCCCUUUUGCCAGUCGCGGCCAGGUGGAGGCGGCGGCGGAAGUGAACGGAACGGUUUCUGCGGCGGGUGAGGCCCUGGGCGGGUUGGAAAUGAGGGGUCUCAGUAGAGUCCCGAGUGCAGCCAUCAUCUUUUCUCAGCCCAGGGGCUCGGGCUGACGUACCUGGCGUGGGCGUAUUGGGCCGCCGGAGUUUCCGUCUCUUCCGGAUUCUCGAGGACCUUUAUAGAGUCCUUAUGGGGCGGCUUAAAGCCUCUGGGCUGGCAAGAGAACUGGGAUACGGUUCUGUUGGGUGACCUCCACGGGGACCUGGAUUAUACUACUUGGCGCCUCCUCUCAGCGACAGAGACUCGAACCGCAAUCAUAACGGAGCUCGAAGCAUCGCACCCCUAGCUGGGCCACGUUUCUUGGAUUCAGGGAACUGCUUAUGGGCUCGCUUUUCCCAGUCACUGUGUUGAGUAGUUGGAAACCGGUCCAUUCACCACAUGUUAGCCAGAGUGGCCCUGUAAAAGCGUACAUCUGACGUGGACAUUUUUGUGCUUAAAACUCUUGAGUGGCUCCCAGUGCAUGUAGAACAAAAUCCAAACAUCUUUCCGAAGCCAGCUUGGCCCAGUGUGAUUUGCAGAAGCCCACCGAUUCUGACGAUUAGACCUGUCCACAAGAAGUGAGCUGGCAAGGCUGCUUUUCUGUGCUAAAACCAAGGAGCUGAUUGGCACCAUGAAAGUCUUCUGCGGGCGGGCCAAUCCGACCACGGGAUCUGUGGAGUGGCUGGAGGAGGAUGAGCACUAUGAUUACCACCAGGAGAUUGCAAGAUCAUCCUAUGCUGAUAUGCUGCAUGACAAAGACAGAAAUAUAAAAUAUUACCAAGGUAUCCGGGCUGCUGUGAGCAGGGUGAAGGACAGAGGACAGAAGGCCUUGGUUCUUGACAUUGGCACUGGCACAGGACUCUUGUCAAUGAUGGCGGUCACGGCAGGGGCUGACUUCUGCUAUGCCAUUGAGGUUUUCAAGCCCAUGGCUGAUGCUGCUGUGAAGAUUGUGGAGAGAAAUGGCUUCACUGAUAAAAUUAAGAUUAUCAACAAGCAUUCCACUGAGGUGACCAUAGGGCCAGAUGGUGACAUGCCAUGUCGUGCCAAUAUCCUGAUCACAGAGCUGUUUGACACAGAAUUGAUUGGAGAGGGAGCACUGCCCUCCUAUGAGCACGCGCACAGGCAUCUUGUGCAGGAAAACUGUGAAGCGGUACCUCACAGAGCAACUGUCUAUGCACAGCUGGUGGAGUCCCGGAGGAUGUGGUCGUGGAAUAAGCUCUUUCCUGUCCGCGUUCAGACCAGCUGUGGAGAGCAGGUCAUCGUCCCCCCCUUGGAACUGGAGAGGUGCCCUGGUGCUCCCUCUGUCUAUGACAUUCAGCUGAACCAGGUGUCGCCCACUGACUUCACUGCCCUCAGUGAUGUGAUGCCUAUGUUCAGUGUGGACUUUAGCAAGCAAGUCAGUAGCUCAGCAGCCUGCCACAGCCGGCAGUUUGAACCUCUGGCAUCUGGCCGAGCUCAGGUGGUUCUCUCCUGGUGGGACAUUGAAAUGGACCCUGAGGGGAAGAUCAAGUGCACCAUGGCCCCCUUCUGGGCACACUCAGACCCAGAGGACCUCCAGUGGCGGGACCACUGGAUGCAGUGUGUGUACUUCCUGCCACAAGAAGAGCCCGUUGUCCAAGGUUCAAGCCUCUGCCUGGUCGCCCACCACGAUGACUAUUGUGUAUGGUACAGCCUCCAGAAGACCAGCCCUGAAAAAAACGGGAGAGUCUACCCAGCACGCCCCGUGUGCGACUGCCAAGCUCACCUGCUCUGGAACCGGCCUCGGUUUGGAGAGAUCAAUGAUCAGGACAGAACUGACCAAUACGUCCAGGCCCUGAGGACGGUGCUGAAGCCGGCCAGCGUGUGCCUGUGUGUCAGUGACGGCAGUCUGCUCUCCUUGCUGGCCCAUCACCUUGGGGCAGAGCAGGUAUUUACAGUAGAGAACUCAGCAGCUUCACACAGACUGAUGAGAAAAAUUUUCAAGGCUAACCACUUGGAAGAUAAAAUUAAUAUAAUAGAGAAACGGCCUGAAUUGGUAACGUCUGCAGACUUGAAGGGUAAAAAGGUCUCUCUCCUGCUGGGGGAGCCGUUCUUCACCACCAGCCUACUGCCAUGGCACAACCUGUACUUCUGGUACGUGCGGACCGCUGUGGACCAGCAGCUGGGGCCCGGUGCUGUGGUGAUGCCCCAGGCUGCCUCACUGCACGCCGUGGUCGUGGAGUUCAGGGACCUGUGGCGGAUCCGGAGUCCCUGUGGUGACUGCGAAGGCUUUGAUGUGCACAUCAUGGAUGACAUGAUUAAGCGUGCCCUGGACUUCAGGGAGAGCAAGGAGGCUGAGCCCCACCCACUGUGGGAAUACCCAUGUCGCCGCUUGUCUGAGCCCCAGCAGAUCAUGACCUUUGAUUUUCGGCACCCGGUCCCCCUGCACCCGGUCCGUGCUGAGGGCUCCAUUGAGCUGAGGAGGCCUGGGAGGAGCCAUGGGGCCGUCCUGUGGAUGGAAUACCACCUGACCCCUGACAGCACCAUCAGCACCGGCCUCCUGGAGUCUGCAGAGGACAAGGAGGACUGUUGCUGGAACCCGCACUGCAAGCAGGCUGUGUACUUCUUCACCAGCCCGGACUGCAGAGCUCCGCAGGGCGGCCCUCGGACCGUCAGCUACACCGUGGAGUUCCACCCCCGCACUGGGGACGUCACCAUGGAUUUCACGCUGUCAGACACCCGGAAGGACGGGUGCUGACCCUCACUUGUUGCGAAAUAAAGUGGCCCGAGGGCUCUGGGCUCUGAAUGGCAUGAAGGUCCCGCUCUUUUCAGGGCCCAGUUAGGCCUCUGGGCUCCGAGGAGCCCUCUU